UGCAGCGGUGCGAGUACACAAAAAAAAAAAAAGGAAGGAAGGAAGGAAAAUGAGUAUGAAGGCAGCGAUCGCAUCUGCAUGCUGACUUGUCUCUGGUCCGCUGAGCCAGAAGUGAAGAGCUUCAAUGGGAGAUAACCUCGCCAUGUGCGCUCCUUGAAUCUCUCAGCUCCAGAUGACGCCGAGGUUUCAGAGGCGUUCAGGAUCCAGUGCAGAGCAGGGGAAAUGGCACAUCGUGAGGAGGACCGGCGAGACGGCCAAAAAACUGGAGACUCUCAUUUGAGGAUGGAUUUUAUUUUACUUCAAGCUCUGGAGCGGGAGAAGAUCUUGGAAGUUCUUCGGAGAGACAAACUCUUGCGCGCAGUGGAAGAAGACAGGAUCAGGAGGAUGAAAUUCCAGCUCCAGGAGCUUCGAAGGAGAGGCGCAAAGAGCCACUCCAAGGAAUACGGCGAGCGGACGUGCGCCCGCUGCCAAAGGCCACUGGGAAAGUUCUGCAACACGGGCGCCAUCUGCCGCGGAUGCAGUCACCGAAUCUGCGUCAACUGCCGCGUGCGAGUGAGAGAAGUGGCGUGGAAGUGCACCGUCUGCUACGCUUACAGAGAAGUCAAGAUUCGGUCUGGAGACUGGUUUGUAGAGGAAACGACAAAGAAAUUUCCUCCUCUCACAGACAAACAUGUGACGGUUGGGGAGAAACUUUUAAAGACGUACAAUGUGAUGAGUUACAUAGCGAUUGUGCCGCCAACCCCGCCAGCCUACACGGGGUUCGACUUGGAGGGCAGAUCAGGGAAUUCCAACAAGUUCAACGUUCGAACCAAAUCAGAAGAUCAUCUGUUUUCAUUCACCACUAACGUUGGAAAGAUGUCCUCAUCGCAAAACGAUCUCUCGGCGAACCUGCUGAACGUCGGCCGCGGCAAACAUUUGCGCUUCGCCACCCAGAAGAGCCUCUCUGACACGGACCUCGGCAAAUCCGUCCAACUCUACCACGCUCCAAGUCUUCCUGACCUGUUCAAGAGAAGCAAAGACAGCGACCAAGAAGGACCAGAAGAAGAAACCUCGAAUAGUUCGGAAAACUAUGAUGGAAAGCGAGGUAGCUUCAGUAGCAUCAGCACCGAGUGCAGCCUGCUUGAGGGUGUCAGCGCCAGCGGGGACAUGGAACUGGCGCUGGCCUACAACUCCACCACGUCCUGUUUGGAGAUCACCAUCGGAGCGUGUCGGAACCUCCCCCACGGCGACACCGCGAAGAGGACGUGUAACCCCUACGUCAAAUUCUACGUGAUGCCACCCAAGAGUGACAAGCGCAAGACGGCAGUUCAGAGAAACACCAUCCAUCCCGUUUAUAAUGAACUUUUUCAAUAUCACAUAGAGCGCCACCUGCUGACUGGAAAGAGACUGCAGGCCUCUGUGUGGCAUUCAGAAUUUCUGCACCGGAAGGUUUUUCUGGGCGAGGUCCUCAUCCCGCUGGAUGGUUUUCAAUUUCAAGACAAAAAUUUCCAGCGCUUCAACUGGUACCCGCUGUGUCCGCAGCUGAGUAAAUAUCCAGAGGAAGGCGCCGAGGAGCUAAAUGGAGGAGACCUGAUGUCCAGAUUUCAGUCCAGCUUCAACAGUCACUGAAUAACUGCAACCCCAUGACUACUUUUUUACUUAUAAUUGCACAUGCAUACAUCCAUCAUCCGAUCACUCAUUCAGAUGUAAAUAAAAAUGAUUAGCAAUUGAGAAAAUGUAAAAUAA